AGCUCUUUAUAAAAGUGCAAUCGCACGACGUUCCUCAUUCGCUUCCUCUUUAAGGUGUAACAGGUUCCAUCUGAUCAUACAGAGCUCAAGAUGUUGAGGAGCUUGCUGUUUACUGUACUUUUUGGCACAGCAUUGGCCAUCACUGACCCAAGCCUGGACCUUCACUGGCAAAUGUGGAAGAAAAAUCACAGCAAGAUUUACUCCACUGAGGUAGAGGAGUUGGGUCGGAGGGAAAUCUGGGAAAGAAACCUACACAUGAUCACCCUGCACAAUCUUGAGGCUACUAUGGGAAUGCACUUGUAUGUUGUACGCAUGAACCAUCUGGGAGACAUGACUGAGGCAGAGAUUAUGCAGAGUUUGGCUGGAACUCGAGUACCACCUAACCUAAGGAGACCAACCUUACCUUUAGUGGCCUCCUCAGGCCGUUCUGUGCCCGAUUCAAUUGACUGGAGAGAGAAGGGCUACGUCACUGAGGUCAAGCAGCAGGGUUCAUGUGGCUCCUGCUGGGCUUUUAGUUCUGCUGGUGCUCUGGAAGGUCAGCUCAUGAAGACCACGGGUCGGUUAGUGUCUCUCAGUCCCCAGAACUUGGUAGACUGCUCCUUCAAGUACGGAAACAUGGGCUGCAAUGGGGGUUUUAUGUCUGAGGCUUUCAAGUACGUCAUAGAUAAUGGUGGCAUCGAUUCUGACCGAGACUACCCUUAUACUGCAAGUGAAGGGCCAUGUAGAUAUAACCCAUCACAGAGGGCUGCUAACUGUUCCAGUUACAACUUCGUCUCUGGGGGUAAUGAGGAGGCUCUAAAGGAGGCGGUUGCCACCAUUGGACCGAUCUCUGUGGCUAUUGAUGCUACUCGACCAAAGUUUGUCAUGUACCACAGUGGUGUAUACAGUGAUCCAACUUGUACCCAGAAUGUUAACCAUGCAGUUCUGGUUGUGGGAUAUGGUACACUAAAUGGAGAGGACUACUGGCUGGUGAAAAAUAGCUGGGGAACUAGCUUCGGUGAUGGAGGCUACAUCCGCAUUGCACGCAACAAGGGCAACAUGUGUGGCAUUGCAAGUUAUGCCUGCUACCCAAUCAUGUGAUUUUAACAAAUAAUUUUAAUUUUAUUUACCCCUGACAACUUGUAUAAAAAUUUAAGUCAGUUAUACUUUAUUUAAAAAGUUUUAUAAAUAAAAAAAAAAAUGAAUUUUUA